AUGGCAUCCAAACCGAUAUAUACAGACCAACAGUUGGAGCUGUACCUGGAGCGCAUCGGAUACUCAAACUCUGACAGCCGUCUCCAGGGUCUCCGCCAGAGCAUUGAGCAGGAUCCUCUUGGCACGCUGGCUAUUCUGCAAAGGCGUCAUCUCGCUGCCAUUCCGUGGGGCAAUUCUGGACUGCAUUACUCACAGCAUCAUACCAUCUCUCUGAAUCCGCAAUGUCUUUUUGAGAAGAUGGUAAUUCGACGGCUUGAUGGGUACUGCAUGGAGAACACAGGAUUGUUCUUCAUAGUCUUGCGAUCUCUUGGGUAUAUUGUUUAUGCCACUGGAGGCAGAGUCAGCCAUGCUGCAGCGAAAGGUGUAGAUGAUGGGUUGUAUCUGGCAUUUGGACAUAUGAUUUUGAUUGUUAUCAUCCAAGGCAAUAAAUACAUGGUUGACGUUGGAUUUGGAAACAAUUGUGCCACUGCACCUUUACUGCUUCAAGAGUUUGCUACUGCUACGUAUAUUGCGCCCUCUGAGAUGCGCUUGGUCAGGGAGAAUAUUGCCGAGUUUACAGACCCAAGCCACAAGGUUUGGAUCUUCCAAACGAGAUAUAACCCCGACGCCAAUUGGGUGCCGCAGAUCUGCUUCUCCGAUGUUGAGUUCUUGCCGCAGGACUUUGAUGUCAUGAACUUUUCGGUUAGCCAAAGCCGAACUAGCUGGUUCACCAAGACCUUUGUCUGCACGCGAAUGAUGUUGACCCUUGAUGGCACAGAGGUCAAAGGCCAAUGUGUAGUGACGGGUCAAGAGGUCAAACAGAGAGUGCGGGGCCAGACUGAGAUCCUGGAGACUCUCAAGUCUGAAGAGGACCGCGUCAAGGCUUUGGCGAAAUACUUUGAUAUGCACCUUCGUGAAGAGGAGAUCCAAGGAAUUCGGGGAAUGGUUUCACAGAUCAUUUAG